AGCUAGGGGCUGUUGCCUACCCAUUGCGACGUCUCGGUUGAGAGCAUUAGUAACGAGGCGCUGUUGCAAAGGCAGUCUUCGAGGCUCCGACAAUCAUCAGCCUGAUUUGACCUGGGAUCAUAGGCACUUGCAGAACUGAACUAUAAGCAACAUGGUGGCACGUGCUGUGUUGGUGACGGGCAGCAAUCGAGGCCUGGGCUUGGAAAUGGUGAGGCAACUGGCUCGACACGUCACACCUCCAGAUGUCAUCAUUGCCACCUGUAGGAAUCCUGAAGCUGCUCAGGAGCUUCAGCAACUCUCUAAGAGCCACAAAGAAGUUAAUCUAUUGAAGCUUGAUGUAGCAGAUGAGGGAAGCUAUGCUGCAAUGGUGAGGAGUGUGAGUGAGAUGGUGGGUGACCAGGGUCUCAACCUGCUCAUCAACAAUGCUGGUGUAGCUCCAAAGUCUACCCGCAUCACUCAAGUGAAGUGGCAACAGAUGGUGGAUACGUUCCUUGUCAACUCUGUAGCACCAGUUAUGCUUUCUAAGGCAUUUUUACCCAUGCUGAAGAUUGCAGCCACCCAGGCAGAGGGUAGUGGGCUGUCUGUAAAGCGAGCGGCCAUCAUCAACAUCUCCUCAGUGCUUGGGUCCAUAGAGAAGAAUGACAAAGGGGGUAUCUAUCCUUAUAGAGCUAGCAAGGCAGCACUGAAUGCCAUCACCAAAUCGUUAAGCAAUGAUGUCAGGGAUUCAAACAUCUUGGUAAGCAGCGUUUGUCCUGGAUGGACACAAACAGAUAUGGGUGGCAAGAAUGCCGCUCUUACUCCAGAGCAAAGCAUAUUUAAUGUUCUACAUCUUCUUAGCACUAUGAAUGAGACCCACCAUGGACAGUUUUACCAGUAUGAUGGCGUCAAACUGCCCUGGUGACCAUCUCAACAUUAUUAUCAUCAUUAUUAGCUAAAUUUCCCUUAUAUAUUUCAUAUAAGUAAUUGUUACUAACUUGUAAUAUAUGACAUGUAAAAAGAAUUACCUAUUAGCUAUAAUUGUAACAUAUUUGAUAUUAAUUGUGUAAAUAAUACAAGACUAUCAGUUGUAGAAGUGCCAACCAACAAAUGUAUUGUGUACAUCAUUGGUCUUUUUUUUAUAACAUGAUGUAUAUUAAUAUACUUAAUGAAUUUCA